UCGCUUUCCCGUGGUGCCCCGCGCGGGAGCGGCCUGCAGGCUCCCCUGACGGAGCGACUCGGGAGGCUGAGGAAGCCCGUCGCCCUCCCGGCCCUUCGGCCCUUCUCGCCCUCCGGCUGCCGCUCCCGCUCCGGCCAUGGGCUCCCUGCUGAGCCGCCGCAUCGCCGGCGUGGAGGACAUCGACAUCCAGGCCAACUCGGCCUAUCGGUACCCGCCCAAGUCCGGGAACUACUUUGCCAGUCAUUUUUUCAUGGGAGGUGAGAAGUUCGACACACCUCAUCCGGAAGGGUACCUUUUCGGGGAGAACAUGGACCUGAACUUCCUCGGGAACCGGCCCGUCCAGUUUCCCUACGUCACCCCUGCGCCUCAUGAGCCAGUGAAGACCCUGCGAAGCCUGGUGAACAUCCGCAAAGACUCCCUUCGCCUGGUCAGGUACAAGGAGGAUGCUGACACCCCCACCGAGGAGAAUGGGAAGCAGAAGGCCUUAUACAGCCUGGAGUUUACCUUUGACGCCGAUGCCCGCGUGGCCAUCACCAUCUACUGCCAAGCAACAGAGGAGUUUGUUAAUGGCAUGGCCGUCUACAGCACCAAGAACCCGUCCCUGCAGUCCGAGACUGUGCACUACAAGCGGGGGGUGAGCCAGCAGUUCUCGCUGCCUUCCUUCAAGAUGGACUUCUCUGACUGGAAGGAUGAUGAGCUGAACUUUGACCUGGACCGAGGCAUUUUUCCUGUGGUAAUCCAAGCCGUGGUGGAUGAAGGUGAUGUUGUUGUGGAAGUCACUGGCCAUGCCCACAUCCUCCUGGCCGCCUUUGAAAAGCACGUCGACGGCAGUUUCUCAGUGAAGCCCUUGAAGCAGAAGCAGAUUGUGGACCGGGUCAGUUACCUGCUGCAGGAGAUCUACGGGAUUGAGAACAAGAACAACCAGGAGACCAAGCCCUGUGACGACGAGAACAGCGACAACAGCAACGAGUGCGUGGUGUGCCUCUCGGACCUGCGGGACACCCUCAUCCUGCCCUGCCGGCACCUCUGCCUCUGCAACUCCUGUGCAGACACCCUGCGCUACCAGGCAAACAACUGCCCCAUCUGCCGCUUGCCCUUCCGUGCCCUGCUGCAGAUCCGAGCCGUGAGGAAGAAGCCAGGGGCGCUCUCACCUCUCUCUUUCAGCCCCGUCCUGGCACAAACCCUGGACCACGAUGAGCAUUCGUGCUCGGACAACCUCCCUCCGGGCUACGAGCCCAUCUCCCUGCUGGAAGCGCUGAACGGCCUGCGCUCAGUCUCGCCCUCCCUCCCCUCGGCUCCCCUCUACGAUGAGAUCAGCUACACGGGGGUGCUGGACGGGCUUCCCCUCUCAGGCAGGCCCCUCGGGCUGGACCGCACGGUGGAGAGCAGCCACCAGAGCAGCAAGCACAGCAAGUCUCCAGACAGCACCUUGCGUUCCCCCUCCUCGCCGAUCCACGAGGAAGACGAGGAGAAGCUCUCGGAAGACUCCGACUUGCCGCCUCCGCUCGUCGGGACAGAGCUGGUUCUGCGGGAGGGCAGCUCNCAGAGCCUGGCCACCGAGGACUCGGAGGAAGGUCACCCCCUGCAGCAAGGCAGCCAGCCCCCAUUGGUGGAGGACAUUGUCCAGGAGAGCAGCAGCGCCAGCGAACCAAGGAGCCUCCUCAGGCGGGAGAACGGGCUGCCAGCUGACAUCUACCUGCCAGCCCUCGGCCCCCUGGACGCCUGCUCUGUUGGGAGAGAGGAGUGAGCGGGCUCGUCCGACUUCACGGGCACCCUCCCGAGCCGUGGGACCGGCCACCUUGGGCAGCCUUUCCUCUUCAGCCAGCCACACCUUGGCGUGGAAAGCGGGCAGAGCCCCUCCUGAGUGCCCGGCUUGGGGGCCAGAGCCACCCCCCAGGGGCCCCAGUGCCAAACUCUGGGGAUCCAGUCUGCUCUCCAGGGUGGGAGGGGGAGCUGCCUGCAAGAUGCGGCCCCUCCCUUUCCACCAUGGGACGGGAUCUUAAGGGGGACACAAGACGGCUCCAUCUCAGUCCGGCUCUUCCUCCUCUUUCUCGUGACGGACCUUCCCUCUUUGUACAGAAGUGCAUGCUCCAGACGCACCUCUUCCCUUCCAGCCCCCCUUUUCCCCACCUGUCUCCACACUCUGGAACUGGUGUGAAACUGGCCUGAUGGGAGAGCCUCUCUCUCCUGCUUUGCCAAACAGCUGUCGAGGCCUGACACCCACUCACCCACCCUCCCUCGCCCUCCACAAACACUGGCCUGGGCCCAGGCAGGCUGAAGGCUCUCCCUCGUCCCCCAGCGCCCCUUGGCCAGGAUGCCAGCCCCCAGCCUGGCAGCUGCCUCUAGAGGUUGGGUUGGACACCCAGGGGUUUUUUUCUCUCUUCUCCUAGUGGGCAGCAUCCACAGACACCACCAAGCCCCCCCCCUCCUAAUUUCUUGCUCUCUUUUCCAGAGAGGAGGCCUUGCUUUUCAGGGGGCUUCCCAGGCCCCCUCCCUCCCACAGACCCCUCUGCUCUAGAAGGGGCAAAGGCUCCCUCUCCUUUGGGCUUUUUUCUACCCCUGGAACUGCUUUUGCUCUUCAGCUCCCUGAUUUGACAGGGUCAGCCUCGGGAGAGGGGGGGUUUGUGUGUUUGUGUGUCUGUGUGUGUAGUGGUGAUAGUGUUGUGGGGGAGACUGGAGGAAGAGGCCCAAGGCCCAGCUCCUCUUUCGCUCCCUGCCCUUUGGCUGGAGAUUUACCCACCUGGAGGCCCCGUUUCCCACGGGAGCCAGGAGGUUGCUCCCCCCCCCCUUGCCCUCUCAUGCUCAGUGACUGCCCUGCCUUGUGCCUUUUUGCUGCUUCUCCCUCAUGGCUCCCUCCCCACCCCUGGAAGAGAAACCCCACACACACACACAGACACCCUUUCCUUGGGGCCUUAAGGCUGCCAGAGGUCCUGUGGCGCUGCCAGCUGCUCCCCUCUAGCCCCUGCCGGGGUGCCUGUCACUCUUUUGCUUUCCGUGCCCAGAAGGCAGAGCUGCCCCUUGGCCGUCGGCCUGCUCCUCUUGCUUAGGCGGUCCAAGCCCUGCCCUUCCUCCUCCUCCUCCUCCGGUUCCAGAGUCCAUCUCUACCUGUUUGAGCCUCAAGUGAAGGCAACGGGAAAGGGCCCAGCUCUCUCUUGGCCCAGCCUGUGUUCUGGUCCCCUAAAAAGCAGCCGGGCGGCCUUCCCUACCCUGGGGCCUUGCACCAGCCUUGGACUACAGUGCCCAUCAUGCCUGUGCCAGGCAUGAACCCAAGCGGGCUCAUUCCGGUAGUAGAGCCAAGGGGAGGCACCAGGGCUGGGGAAGGCUCGGGCCCGUUUGCGGGGGGUGGGGGUGGGUGGAUCAGCAACCUUUCCUUCCUCCUGUCCCGUGGAGUGGCCAGGCUCCAACCGGCACCCCGGCCUCUGGGCCGCUCAGCGUGGGGUUUGGAAGUCCCACGUUCUAGGGGUGCCUUGGGGGGCACAGACGGAAGAAGGCGAGAGGGCCGCCGUUCUCCCGAGCUCCUGCCUUCCACAGUGGGGACCGUCCUGACCUGCUUUAUAAAAAAGGUUGCGGGACGGAUGGUUUGGGCAAUGUAUGUAGAGUGCCCGGAACAUAAAACUCAAACUCUUAUUAUA